UUUCAAUUUGUAACGCUUCAGCACUUGAUUUUUUACCACAACCUGACAUUCGACAGUCUCUUCCUGUAAUAUCACUUUCAUGAGUCGUCGAUCCCUUCGUAUUCAGGUCAAAGCCACGGCCAUCCAAAAGCAGCACACUCCUGUGCUCAAGGAAUCAUCUUCUGCUAUCACCGAAGCUGGCCGAAAGCGCGUCAGGGAGUCUACAUCAGAGGGACUGGAAUUAGUAGAACAUGAAGAGAAAGGCGGGCCACCCCGAAAAAAAUCUCGGAAGGGCACAUCGAAGAUCACCCAGCCCUCUAGAGGCACGAGCGUUGAACGAUUCAAGAAUGCUCGUGGAAAACUGGAACGAUUAGCGAAGGACGUUCCGUUGGAUGUGGUCUUGGAGAUCUUUUGUCACCUUGAUCCUGGUGAUCUUUUACGCCUUGCUCGAACGUCGAAAGACCUUCGAGGGCUCUUGAUGAGCAAGUCUUUAGAAGCCAUCUGGCGCGUCGCACGUGCAAACGUGAAAGGUCUUCCGCCUCGUCCUAACGACUUAAACGAACCUCAGUAUGCUCGUCUUAUUUAUGAUGCCUAUUGUUAUGUUUGCAACCACAAAGGGCGGUGCGAGAACGUGCUAUGGAGAUUUCGUGCUAGAGUCUGCAAGAAUUGUGUUAUUACAGUGCUCCCUCUAUACAACGACGAGUAUCUCAAUAAGCAACCUCCAGAAUACCGAAACUCUGAUAUUCUACCGUCGGAGGUAGUUUGGGUUGGAAAUACGUCGAUAACCGUGGCAAGCAAUAAAUGGGCCACUCGCUACAAAGCAGAGUAUACGUAUGAAGCACUUGAAACGCCAGCCGACCGUGAGCAAUGGAUUCGUCAAAAGCAGAAAGAUCUACAGGAAAUCAGGGAGCAUAGUCAUUUAUCACACCGGAAUUUUUUCUCCUUCAGGUGUGUAUGUCGAAAGUGGAAUCAAAAUAGAUUGGAUCAACGCGCGAUAGAACUUAACAAUCUCUGUGAUCACCGAAAGACAGAUAUUCUUGCCCGACUAGGAAAACUUGGUUGGCGUGAAGAAGUAGAACACAUCGAAAAGAGGGGCAUGUAUCGGACUCACGAACAAAUAUAUUUCGAAUACGCAAGGAUAGUGAAUCAAUCGAGAAACCUCACAGAAGAAGGUUGGGUGAACAUCAAAGACGAACUGGUGGAAUUGCUCUCGAAUCACCGGACAGCGCGGCUGGAAAUUGAAACUGUUCAUGUCAUAAGAGCGCGUUACGUACAGCUAUCACAGGCGUAUCAACGAAUUAACUCUAAAUCAGACUUUCGAGAGCCUCUCCCUGCUAUAGGCGAUAUCCUUACCGCCAAUGUUUUCGAAAACUUGAUAUGGGAUACCCCUGUUGAAGAACAAGUUGACUUUUCAGCCAAGCUCUCUGAACAUCUACCUCACUUCAUUGACAAGUGGAGGCUGGCACAAAUCCAAGAAUUACUGAUGGUGGUGCAGAAAUCCAAGCGAGGUCCAACCUUGCUUGUGGAAUCCGAUCUCUAUCUGGCCACGUCGAUUUUCGAGUGUAUACAGUGCAAAAAAGCAAUGCACUAUCCUCAAAUGUUUUAUCAUCGUUGUUGUUUCCGGAAUAAAUGCCCGAGCAAAAUCAGUCACAAGCGCAUGGAGACGUUUCAGUCACAUUACUAUGAUUUUCACGAGUAUGGGCCGUGGACGCCUCGCACACUCGUUCUCAGUGAUCAUUGUCUUCCGGUGAUGCAAACAAUCAUCAAAUCGUGUUCUCUUGAUCCUACAACAACGACAAUACAAGAGUUGUACUCUGCUAAUCCUCUUAUUCAAUGUGUAACCUGUUCUUUUGAUCAAAAAUCCCUCUGUCUUUGGUGGCCCAUAGUGUUUUCCCGUGAUCAUUGGAAGCACGACCUCAAAAUUAACAUGUCGAAAAAAUCUAAAAAGGCCGCCAAAAGAAUCCUGCGCAAGAUAGAUGGAAGGAAUGAUCCCAUUUGCUGCGCGCACUGUCAUCAAGAGGUCGACAUGUCUAAGUUACAACAGCACCUGGUGGAGAGUCAUAUUGACACUGUCAUUCUCGAUAGUCCAACUCCCCUCCAUACCUCUGACCUUGGAGAUAUCCAAGAACAUUGGUACUUCAACCCUCGUCGUCCCAUACAGUCGUUGUAUAGACAAUUCUAUUCCAGCGCACUUUCGCUUCGUGUCGCAUCUCAAUAAUAAUACAUAGAUCGUACAUAAUCUUGAAUUCACGGCAAAUACAUGAAUUUAUGCAUCGAUUUUUCUGUGCCGAGAUUCAAAAUCAAGUUCGUCGGAACAAGCUUGUCAAGGUUCCAAUUCUAAGUCCGACAG